GAGAGAGACUGCAUCCUCCAUUGCCCCAUGUGGCAGCAUCGCUGUUUCACCGCGUGCUUAUUACCUAUGACUCAAUAAAUCUACAGACUUCACCAUACAGUCUUGGCUAUUGAAGAAUAGGGCGGUUUAUCUGCAUGUCAGACUACACACCACAGGGUAACGUGUAGCGAGGACAGAACAGUGAAACAGCGGCUACCCAGCCAGUGGGAUACAAGACACAGAGACCUGCUAUAGUGCAGCUACCUGCUCACAGAUAUACAGCACUCUCUGCACAUACAAGCAUCUUCUUAAAGGCACAAUGUCUCAGAAAUCUUCACACAAAUCCAGAUCUGUUGCUUCUGUCUCCACAAAAGCUUCAUCUAUUAGCAGUGCAGUGGCCAUUGCCCGCGCAAAAGCUGAAGCAGCUAAAACGCGAGCAGCAUUCGCUGAGCAAGAAAUGCAAAUAAAAAUAGAGAAGGCAAGGCUAGAAGCAACAUUAGAGAAACUCGCUGCAGAAAAGGAGGCUGCAGCCACAAUUGCUGAAGCAGAGUUCUUAGAGGCUAUAGAGUAUCCUGAAACACUACAGCGCGACAGCAUACCAGGUAUGAAGCUUAAAUCGCAAGAUCCAUUACAACGCACGUCAGAGUAUGUAAAUGAGCUCCCAGGUUCAGACAGCAAUACUGAUCCAGUACAAAAGCCUGAACGUUGUACCAUAAGUGAAAUAGGCCCAGUACAGCAUGAAGUGCCAUCCUGGGUCAACUACAAGCAAGAGAGCAACUCGGCUGGUAAUAACCUCAUUACAGGUCAAGCAGUCAAGCCAGAUCACCUCACUGUUGCAUCUCCCCUGACGCCAAGGCAGCAUGAUACUGGCCAGCACAACCAAGAGACUACUAACAGGUAUGAGCAUACCCCAUAUUCUUACCAGGGUAGUACACCACCAGUAUACCCUGCUGUCUACCAGACCACAAUGGACUUUGCAAAGUUUUUUACACGGCGCGAACUAGUCGCAAAAGGAAUUGUGAAGUUCAAUGAUCGUCCUGAAGACUAUAGAGCCUGGAGAUCUUCCUUUCAGAAUGUCACAAGAGACUUAGACCUGUCAUGUAGUGAAGAGGUGGACCUCUUGGUCAAAUACCUGGGGGAAGAGUCAAGCAAACAUGCAGCUAGGAUCAGGGCUAUCAAUAUAAACUACCCCGAGACUGGUCUUAAAAUGAUUUGGAGCAGACUUGAUGAGUGCUAUGGCUCAGCAGAGGUUAUAGAAAGUGCCCUCUACAAAAGAAUUGAGGACUUUCCCAGGAUAACCAACAAAGGCUAUCAGAAACUCAGAGAACUUAGUGACUUACUAAUGGAACUUCAAGUUGCCAAAUCUGAAGGGGACUUACAAGGACUUGCAUACCUUGACACAGCAAGAGGUGUCAACCCUUUAGUUCAAAAACUACCCUUCAACCUACAAGAGAAGUGGAUUACCCAUGGUUCCACAUAUAAAUAUAAACAUAAUGUCCCAUUUCCUCCAUUCUCUGUUUUUGUUGAUUUUGUGCAUAAUCAAGCAAAGAUAAGAAAUGACCCUAGUUUUGAUCUUACAUUGUCAUGUGCCACUCCAGUUCUCAAUUCACGCAAAACCUCAGUGGCAGUACACAAGACUAAUGUUUCUCCUCCAGAUUUUAUUCACAGGCCGGCAAGCCAAGCAGAGGUAAAGGCACGGGAUCCAAGCAAGCAGUGUCCCAUACAUCAAAAGCCUCUGUCACGAUUCGGCUUCCAGGUAGUGGAUCCUCUGUGUCAGCGAGGGAUUGGCGUGGACCGUGCUAGUGGACCGGUUCUAAGAGGCUACUGGUUUUCACCAGAGCCCGCCGCAAAGCGGGAUGGUCUUGCUGCGGCAGUAGCAACCAGGUCGUAUCCACUAGCAACGGCUCUACCUCGCUGACUGCUGAGUAGGCGUGGGACAGAAGGACUAGGCAGAGGCAAGGUCAGACGUAGCAGAAGGUCGGGGGCAGGCGGCAAGGUUCGUAGUCAGGAUGGGUAGCAGAA